AACCAAACAAAGGCACUUUCUUGCUACAAGAUCCAAGUCUCCAAACACAAAGAAGCCGUUGUUUUUCUUCUUUAAUCUCUCCAAGGAAAGAGCCUAAGAGACAACAGAUCAAACAAUGGCGGUUGACGGUAUGGUAUCAUCCCCGACAAUGUCAACCCUGACGUGGAAGACAAGAUGCUAGAACACAAGACCAGAGCCCUUCGAUUUGAAACUGCAGAACUUAAGCUUGUAUCUAAAAACCUUUUAGUUUAAUUUGCAAUUAUACACUUCCAGGUUUCGCCGCUAAUUUGGUAAGUUUAAAAGGGGCAUCCCGGUGCACAAAAGUUCCCGUUGAGCGGGGUCCGGGGAAGGGUCCCACCACAAGGGUGUAUUGUAGGUAAACCUUAGCUUACAGAAAUAUCUACAAGAGGCUGCUUCUAGGCCUCCCCUGUGUUAUUUUCUGAUGGCUAAAUUUCACGUGAUGCAUGUUGAUGUCGAUUUUUCGAAGAGAAAAGAAAUAUCGAAUGGAUGUUUCGCCGAAGCCGUACUCAGACUUUGCCCAUCUCUCCUACUGAGAACAAACACAAAAGGCGAUACACCACUCCAUGUAGCUGCUACUGCAGGUUCCUCCCGUGUUUCAAGAUCGAUGGUCAGUUCAGCUAAACGUGUAGCUUCAGAUAUCGAGAACUCGACGAUGGACGCGCAGAAGCAGCUACUGAGGGUGAAAAAUAAGCAUGGGGAGACUGCGCUGCACGUUGCAUUGAAGAACGGUCACAUCGACGUGGCGAAAUUCCUGGUGGAAGAAGAUUCUCAUUUGUUGGAUAUGGCCGACAAUGGCAAUGUAACCCCUUUGUUCUUGGCUGUGGAAAGAGGGUUUUCUUCUUUUGUGGAUCAUAUCUUGGAAACAUCUUCUGCUUCAGGUAUGAAUGCUCUUCACGCUGCUGCCAGAUCCAACAUUGAUCCCGGUUUCACAAGAAAAUUAGUUGAGAGAAGACCAGAGAUGAUCAAAGAAGCAGAUGCAAUAGGAUGGACCCCUCUUCACUAUUCAGCGUGGCUCGGCAAGAUUGAGAUUACACGAAUCUUUCUGCAACAUGACACGAUGGCUGCUUAUGCGCCUGACAAAGAGGGGCAAUGCCCUCUUCAUCUGGCUGCAUCCGCAGGUCACGUCGACAUCUUUAAAGAGCUUGUCCAUCACUGUCCUUACGUCUGGGAAAUACUCGACAGUAAGGACAGGACAGCUCUCCACUUGGCAGUCAUAUCGGGAAGGCGAGGUAUUGUGGACUGUGUUCUGGAGAAACCGGAGUUUCAGUUUCUUUUGAACGAACACGACGGAGAAGGGAAUACACCUCUUCAUCUGGCGGUUAUCCACGAUCGCCAUCCCUUAAUCUGGCUUCUUUCACAGGACAAGCAAGUGGAUAAGCAUGCUAUGAAUAACAAUUCCUCGACUGCCAUUGAUCUCUUUUAUUCCGAGAACAAAGAGAUUCAUUUCCGGUCAGCAAUAGCAUAUUACUCGUUGAGGAAAUACUUCAGAAUGAAAUUACCAUCAGAAGAUCGAGAAAACGAAGAAAAGACUGGAAAGAGCAAGAGACGAGAUGGAAGGAGGGACAACGCAAUGUACGAGGUCCAUCUAGUAGUGGCGGUUCUCGUUGCAACGGUGGCAUUCGCUGCAGCAUUUCAAUUGCCCGGUGGCUAUGAAACCGACGGACCCGGGAAAGGAACGCCUGUAUUGAUGGAUAAACCGGCUUUCAAAUGUUUCUUGGUGUUCGACACUAUCGCAUUCUGCUUCUCGGUUGCCGCUGUGUAUUUCGUAUACUACGCCUCUAGAGACGGGUUCCAUGGCCGUCCCGUUUUCCUUGACACCGCUGCCGUGCUGAUGAUCGUGUCAUUGGUCGCAAUGGCAUCAGCCUUUGUGUCGGGAGUGUACCUUAUGUCGGCAAAAUCCAGAGGAAUAGCUGUUGUCCCAUUUCUGAUGGUCGGGAUCUUCCUCUUGCACGCUCUCGUCUACUGGUUCGUUGAUCCUCGCGGCACUUACAUUCGUUGGCUCGAACCCACCAGACAGCGUUUCAGAUAUCUCUUCUUCAAGAACUCGCUGUUCCGCAAUUUCGUAUUCAGAUAAAUUGCCUUGUACGUAGUUGCGGUUGUUGUUAUUGCACUUACUAUUGGCCAGAAGGUUCACUUGAUCGAUUAUUAUUUGUGAAAUUCUGUCGUUUUUCCUGCUGUUCUGUAAUGUUAGUGGACCGGCAUACCAAACUGGCUUUGAUUUGAA